AUGGGACUGUACGGAUACUGGGCUGGUAUUCGUGGCUUGGUUGAGUUCACUAUCGACUCGUCGUUUGUUCAUUCCAGAGAAAUGAAGCUAUCAAAGACAGACCCGGAGGCUUCCAUGGUGUUUGGACGAGCCGUGGACGAACUGUGGAAACCCAAGAAGCCCACGACACCCGAGAAACCGAGUGCGCGCCCAACCUUUAAUCAUCUUGAGGACUGGUACUGUACCAACACGUCGGCAGUCGGUUCUUGGUGGCGUUCGCCUCUCGACCACGAGUCUCAAACAACGCCCAGAAACCCAUCACUACCCACUGCGCGCGUGCGCGACGUAAAGGGUCCCGAACCAUCGCUAAAAACCCACCCGAAUUGCAACGUCAUGGCUGCUGCUGUGCCGUCAGCUCCUCCCACCGAGGCCACCACCGCCCAUCCUGAUCAUGCUCCGACAAAUGGCCACGCCAAGCCUGCAACAGAUUCCACAGAGACGACAGAUCCCACCGCUGCCGCGGCCGUCAACACCCCGCCCGAACCCAAGGACGAAGACAAGGCGAACAGUGCACCUCUGUCCAACGGCCACGAUGCGCCAGACGGCGAGCUGAAACCCGACCUUCCCCUCCGACCGUCCUCGAUAGAUGCCAAGGAGGGAGUCAACCCAACCGACCUGUCAGCGCAACCGCCGAAAACUGCCACUACCACCUGCACGAGGUCGCCCAGAGCCUCAACGACGCAACGCGCUGGCGAUGGCGCCAGAGAUACCUCGAUAGAAAUCGACAACACGAAGCCCGCCGACUUCGAGGGCGAGAUCCAGACCAACAACGACCUCCCUACGCCCGAGACUCUCAAGAAGAUCGAGAACUAUGUCGUGCUCGACCGUCAUGGAAAGAGCCAUCUCUUCAAGAGCUUAUACACCGGUCGCAAUGUUGCAAGACGAGUCCUCGUCAUCUUCGUCCGCCACUUCUUCUGCGGCAACUGCCAGGACUUCCUACGCACCCUCUCCGAAUCCAUCACCCCCGACGCUCUGCUCAGUCUCCCAAUGAGCACAUUCAUUGCCGUCGUCGGUUGUGGCAACCCGGGCUUGAUCGACAUGUACCUCCAGGAAACAGGUUGCCCGUUUCCGGUGUACACCGACCCCACGAGACGCCUGUUCGACACCCUGGGUAUGACGCGCACUCUUGCGCUGGGUACGCGGCCGGCCUACAUGCGCAAAUCCUUGUUCAAAUCCGCCGCGGAGAGCGUCCUCCAGGGGCUUAAGCAGGUCAAGGCCGGGCUGGCUACCAAGUCCGGCGACCACAGGCAGGUCGGCGGGGAGUUUCUCUUCGAGCCCGUGGAGCUCGGCACCGAGGUCUCCACGCCGUACGCCGAGCGGCAGCUCGAGGAGGCCAUGACCUCGAAGAAGAACAGCAUCGACAACAACCGGGAGGGCAUCGACGGCGAGUGCGAUGACGACUUCGAGCCGGAGCAGAAGAAGGUCACCUGGUGCCACCGCAUGCGCUCCACGCGGGACCACGCCGAGAUACCCGAGCUGAUGGAGGUACUGGGCCUCUCGGGCACCGGGAAGCCCCCACGCACGAGAACAAGAGGUGGUCCAAGGCUCUGCAGACGAGAAAGGGCACCGGCCUGA